AUGGCGGAAACUCAGACAAAUUUACGGAAUGACGACUUCCGAAAAUUGUUGACAUCCGCUAGAAGCUCACGUCCGGCAGAAUCUACUUUUGCUCAACCAAAAGCUCCCGCAGCUUCAUUUCGGCAUAAACAGCAAAAAUUCAACAAAUACAAAAAAAGUGCGCAGAAAUCAAGUGCUGGACCACCGAAACCGAAAAAGGAGGGAAAAACUGAAGAUGAGGGAGAAGAGGAGAAAUUGAAGAAUAUCCUUAAAAAUUAUCGAGAUCGUGCAGCCGAAAGAAGAAAACAAUCCGAUGCGCCUGAAGAUCCUACAAAGCUUACAGCAGCUUAUCGGGCGGUACCGGGUGACGCUCGAACAGCGAGAGACCAAGCUGAUUUAAGGAAACAAGCGAUUCUUGAAUCAAAGUACCUCGGAGGAGAUAUCGAGCAUACUCACUUGGUGAAGGGUUUAGAUUAUUCACUUUUGAAUAAAGUUCGAAGUGAAAUCACGAAAACCGUCGAAGACGAAGAUGAUAUUGACGCUGCAUAUGAAGAAGGAAAUAGCAAGGCAGCAGCUGCGAUAUCAACAGAAUUAGCUCAGUCAAACUCAGAAAAUCGAAUGGUGCGUGCAAUGCACAGAAUAUUAUUCAAAAAUGAGUUGCCAAUUCGCAAUGAGCUUUUCGCGAAAGGAAGAAUGGCAUAUGUUGUGGAGCUUGAAGACGAAGACGCGGAUAUUCCGACGACACUCCUCAGAUCAUUACAUGAUUGCCCCCGGCCUGAAUCGCAGCAAUCAAUACAAGCAAACAAUUUGAUUAUUUCGAAAUUGACUCAAGUUUUGGCAUAUUUAAGAACGGAUGUUCGUAAGAAGAAAAAAGAAAAUGAGCCGCGAAGAGAGGAUGAAAAGAAGAGCUCGAAUGAGAAAAGCUCGUCGAAACCGAAGGGCGACAGCAUUUACGAUGAUUUAGACGAUUAUGUUCCAAAUAGAAGACAUAGAUCUCGUGAACGCGACCGUGAUCGUCGUGAUCGUCGCGAUCGAGAUCGGGACCGCGAACGUGAUCGUGAUCGUGACCGUCGUGACUAUUUCGAUCGCGAGCGAAGAAGGGAAGAACGUGAGAAGCGCGACGAACGAGAUGAUCGUCGACGCGAAUCAGACAAGGAACGUCGCGAAAGGCAGAAGCUUCGAGAAGCCGAAGAACUUGAACGAAAAGAGCGCGAAGAGAAAGAACGCGAGAAAAAGUUGGAAGAGAAACUGGAAAAGAGAAGGAAGGAAACUGAAAGUGCUGGAUAUGACGAGUGCUAUCCGGGUGGGAUGGCUGAACUCGGAGGCGGAUGGGAUUCCGACGAAGAAGACUUCUCAAAAAUGGACUUGGGAACCAAAAAAGGAGUUGUUAAUCGAUGGGAUUUUGACAAUGAAGAGGAAUAUGCGAAAUAUCAAGAGGGCCGAGAAGCACUUCCAAAAGCAGCUUAUCAGUAUGGACUCAAAGCUGGAGAAGGUCGAAAAACGAGGAAAUCUCAAGCAGCAAACGAAGCAAAGAAGCUCGAUCGAGAGCUUAAUCAAAUCAAUAAAAUCAUGGAGAAACGAAAAGCGGCAGAGAAUGGAGACGGCGAGUACAAGAAGCCGAAGUAUUGA